AUGCCUGGGGACUUCCAGCAGCUGUGGGAACUGGUGGAAGAGCACGUUCCACUCCCGGAGCUGCCCGAAGUGAAGAGGAUUCUAGGGGAGACGACAGUGGAUCUGGGCCUGGAGCUACGGGCAGAGGUGGGGCGUAGGAAGCGCCCCACCUCUGACCUCUCCUCCCUUCUGGCACCACCGCCCCUCCUAAGAGAUCUUGUGCGCCAGGAACUGUGGCAGCUGCUCCAAGGUCUCCACCGGAAGGCCAUCUGUGAGGGCAGGGACCAGACCCACGUUUGGGUCCAGUAUAGCCCCAGGGUCCUGCACUUUGCCUUGGAGGAGCCCAGGCCUGAUUUGCCAGAACAGGAGAUGUUCCAGAUGAGAGCUGGUGAACCCAGCAGCUGUCACCAGGACCUCAGCGUCAUCAAGGACCAGCUGAAUGUGUCCCACAUUGACCAGCCUUCUGGACACGUGCAGGCCCUCCUGGAGGAAGAGUGCCAUGCUCUGGAGAGGGGAUUCCCAUCCUGCAGACAGCUCUCCCUGCAGUGCUGCCUGGAAGACGAGUAUUCAGGGGCCCCCUGGCCCUCUGAGGCAAGCCUAGAGCCCACCCUGGCAGAGCUAAAGGAACAGAAGGCAGCCAGGCAACAGGAGCUGCAGGCACCCCUGAGUCCUUCCUGUGUCUCCCCCAGCCACAGCAGGUCCUCAGUGUCCGGUCCUGACUGUCACAGCCUCUGGCCUUUCUCCUCCCAGGCAUCCCCCCAAAGGCCUGGCAGAAGGAGGUCUUGUCCCAGCCCUGA